UCGGCCCACGGCGCCCACCUCCCGUUUGCCGCCCGGCGGGGUGAAGGUAGAGAAGGGGAGGUCACAAGCCGGAUCCUCCGGGCGGUCACGGGCCUUCCCUCUUCACCCCGUGCAGAGACGCCGCGCCGCGCCCCGCGGUUAGCGCGGAGCCCGGGGCGUGGGGGAGGGGACGGGGAACGACCGGAGCCCCGCGGUGACCCCGAGUGGCCGAAUUGCCCCAGGCUUUGAGGAGCGGGGGACGCGCCCGAACAAGGUGAACUUUGGUCACGGAAAACUCAAGCCCGGUACUGGAAUCCGGAGCCCACUGCGCGCCGGGCUGGGGAGCGGGAGCCCCGCGGCCUCCCUCCGCCCGCGCCCCGGCCUCCCUCCGCCCGGAGCCCCCCCGCGGCCCCGCUCCGGCGCCCCGGCCCUUGGGACCCGCCGCGGCGCCCCCGCCUGGUUUCUCCCCCCUCCCCCUCCGGGGAUAGGGGGUGGGGCGGAGGAGAGGGGCGCAUCUAUUGGCAGCUUUGUUAUUGAUCAGAAACUGCUCGCCGCGGACUUGGCUUCCAGUCUGGCUGCGCGCGACCCUUGAGUUUUCGCCUCUGUCCCGUCCCCCGAACUGACAGGUGCUCCCAGCUACUUGCUGGUGACUCCUCGCUGCUCCCCCGCGUCCCCACCCCCUCAUUCCUCCCUCGCCUUCACCCCCACCCCCACCACUUCGCCACAGCUCAGGAUUUGUUUAAACCUUGGGAAACUGGUUCAGGUCCAGGUUUUGCUUUGAUCCUUUUCAAAAACUGGAGACACAGAAGAGGGCUCUAGGAAAAAGUUUUGGAUGGGAUUAUGUGGAAACUACCCUGCGAUUCUCUGCUGCCAGAGCAGGCUCGGCGCUUCCACCCCAGUGCAGCCUUCCCCUGGCGGCGGUGAGAGAGACUCGGGAGUCGCUGCUGCCCAAGUGCCCGCCGUGAGUGAGCUCUCGCCCCGGUCAGCCAAAUGCUCCUCCUCGGGCUUCUCCUGCUGAUAUCUGCCCUGGUCGGCCAGAGACUGGGGACUCAGGCGGAAUCCAGCCUGAGCAGUAAAUUCCAGUUCUCCAGCAACAAGGAACAGAACGGGAAGAACUAUAUCCAUGCAUCUGGACUGGCAUAGAAAAGAGGAGAAAGAACAUUUAAAAGGAGUACAAGAUCCUCAGCAUGAGAGAAUUAUUACUGUGUCUACUAAUGGAACUAUUCACAGCCCAAGGUUUCCUCGUGCUUAUCCAAGAAAUAUGGUUUUGGUAUGGAGAUUAGUAGCAGCAGAGGAAAAUGUAUGGAUACAACUUACGUUUGAUGAAAGGUUUGGGCUUGAAGACCCAGAAGGUGACAUAUGCAAGUAUGAUUUUGUAGAAGUUGAGGAACCCAGUGAUGGAACUAUAUUAGGGCGCUGGUGUGGUUCUGGUACUGUACCAGGAAAACAGAUUUCUAAAGGAAAUCAAAUUAAGAUAAGAUUUGUAUCUGAUGAAUAUUUUCCUUCUGAACCAGGGUUCUGCAUCCACUACAACAUUGUCAUGCAACAAUUCACAGAGGCUGUGAGUCCUUCAGUGUUACCCCCUUCAGUUUUGCCACUGGACCUGCUUAAUAAUGCUAUAACUGCCUUUACUACCUUGGAAGACCUUAUUCGAUAUCUUGAACCAGAUAGAUGGCAGUUGGACAUAGAAGAACUAUAUAGGCCAACUUGGCAAAUUCUUGGCAAGGCUUUUGUUUUUGGAAGAAAAUCCAGAGUGGUGGAUCUGAAUCUUCUAACAGAGGAGGUAAGAUUAUACAGCUGCACACCUCGUAACUUCUCAGUGUCCAUAAGGGAAGAACUAAAGAGAACCGAUACCAUUUACUGGCCAGGUUGUCUCCUGGUUAAACGCUGUGGUGGAAACUGUGCCUGUUGUCUCCACAAUUGCAAUGAAUGUCAAUGUGUCCCAAGCAAAGUUACUAAAAAAUAUCAUGAGGUCCUGCAGUUGAGACCAAAGACCGGUGUCAAGGGAUUGCAUAAAUCACUCACCGAUGUGGCCAUGGAGCACCAUGAGCAGUGUGACUGUGUGUGCAGAGGGAGCACAGGAGGAUAACCACAUCACCAGCAGCAGCUCUUGCCCAGAGCUGUGCAGAGCAGUGGCUGAUUCUGUUAGAGAAUUUAUGCGUUAUCUCCAUCCUUAAUCUCAGUUGUUUGCUUCAAGGACCUUUCAUCUUCAGGAUUUACAGUGCAUUCUGAAAGAGGAGUCAUCAAACAGAAUUAGGAGUUGUGCAACAGCUCUUUCGAGAGGAGGCGCAAAGGACAGGAGAGAAGUUCUUCAAUCAUGAAAAGAAAAUUAAGUGUUGUAUUAAAUAGAUCACCAGCUAGUUACAGAGUUACCAUGUACCUAUUCCACUAGCUGCGUUCUGUAUUUCAGUUGUUUUGAUAUGGCUUAGGGUAAUGUCAGUACAGGAAAAAACUGUGCAAAUGAGCACCUGAUUCUGUUGUCUUGCUUAACUCUAAAGCUCCAUGUUCUGGGCAUAAAAUCAUAUAAAAUCUGGAUUUUUUUUCUCAUAUUCACAUAGGUAAACGAGAACAUUCUAUGUAUUACAAACCUGGUUUUUAAAAAGGAACUAUGUUGCUAUGAAUUAAACUUGUGUCAUGCUGAUAGGAAAGACUGGAUUUUUCAUAUUUCUUAUUAAAAUCUCUGCCAUUUAGAAGAGAACUAAAUUCAUGGUUUGGAAAACACAAACCUGAAAACAAGAGUGGCCUUAUCUUCACUUUAUCUCUAAGUCAGUUUGUUUGUGUUAUUGUGUACAUUUUUAUAUUCUCCUUUUGACAUUAUAACUGUUGGCUUUUCUAAUCUUGUUAAAUAUAUCUAUUUUUACCAAAGGUAUUUAAUAUUCUUUUUUAUGACAACUUAGAUCAACUAUUUUUAGCUUGGUAAAUUUUUUCUAAACAGAAUUGUUAUAGCCGGAGGAACAAAGAUGAUAUAAAAUAUUGUUGCUCUGACAAAAAUACAUGUAUUUCAUUCUCGUAUGGUGCUAGAGUUAUUCUGCAUUUUCAAAAACUGAAUUGGAAAUCAAUAGAAUUGGUAAGUUGCAAAGACUUUUUGAAAAUAUUUAAAUUAUGAUAUCUUCCAUUCCUGUUAUUGGAGAUGAAAAUAAAAAGCAACUUAUGAAAGUAGACAUUCAGAUCCAACCACUACUAACCUAUUCCUUUUUUGGGAAAACCUGAGCCUAGCUCAGAAAAACAUAAAGCACCUUGAAAAAGACUUGGCCGCUUCCCAACAAGACGUGCUGUGCUGUGCUGUAGGAACACAUCCUAUUUAUUGUGAUGUAACAGUUUUAUGACCUUAAACUCUGUUCCAUACACUUGUAUAAAUACAUGGAUAUUUUUAUGUACAGAAGUAUAUCCUUUAACCAGUUCACUUAUUGUACUCUUUGGCAAUUGAAAAUCAGUAAACUAUUUUGCUUGUAAAAUGCUUAAUAUUGUGCCUAGGUUAUGUGGUGACUAUUUGAAUUAAAAAUGUAUUGAAUCAUCAAAUAAAAGAAUGUGGCUAUUUUGGGGAGAAAAUUAA